AUGUUAAAUGUUAAUAUUGAUUUCUAUUAUUGUGAUCCUCAACCAGAAGACGUAGACAUAAAUAAGGUAGACUUUCCAUUAGUGGAAUCAAUAAUGAUAGAUCCAGAAUUUGAAACAGUAAAUAUUUUAUUAACACAGAGUCCAUGUGGAAAACUUCACGCUGACAGAAUAACAGACGUUGAAGCACUCACAGGAUAUAAAGUUUGCCCCUUUUGCAAAGAAGAAGUAUAUUCUAUCCGUGAUGAUCCAGAAAGGAAAAACCAAAGAAGAUUUUUAAAACAUUGUGAGAAAUGUAAAGAAAAUAAUGGAAGAUUAAUUCAAGACGUUCAAUUGCAAAACACACAACAACCAUAUGCACCACAUAUCACGAAACAGAAGAUAUAUCAAUGGCUAUUAGCACAUAAUUUGCAGGAAUAUUAUAAACCAACAAGAUAUUAUAUUACUUUUGACUUCGAAACAUUAGAGACUAAAGAAGAACUUCUACUUUCUGAAUGUGCAACUUUGAACGCUUACUUAAAACCAUUUAUGGUAUCAUCAACGGUUAAAUUAAACGAUAAAACAUAUACAAGGAAUUUUUGCUUAACUUCGAGUGAUUCGUUCAUCUCUGAUUGGAUUGAAUUUUUAUUUUCAACCUGUUCAUUAGUUGCUAAAUCAAAUAUUGAACAAUAUGAAGAAUUAAUGAAGUCCCAUACAUUAAAUGAGAAACAGAAGGAAGCAAUGAAAGAGCUUUUAGAUGAGGAAUUCAAUAAAGUGAAUAUCAUUGGUUUUAAUUCGGGAAAGUUUGAUUUAAAUUUAAUUCUUCGUGAUUUAAACACUGCAAAAUGGAAAAUAAAAUCAAUGCUGGGUUCAUCUUCACAAUUUAAGCAA